AUGCUUAAUAUGGUUGCAGAAAGAUUUCCUAUUAAAUUAUAUAUCAAAGGUCAGCAUAUUCCUACCAACAUUUCUAUUCAAUAUGAAUCAGCUAUUACACGUUUAAAUCUCAGUAGAACUGUAAGGGAUCAGGUAAUUUUAAGUCGACGUGCAGAUAGAUGUACAGCUAAAGAAGUGAAGCUUAAACUAUUAACUCCAUUUAAUGGUGCAUCAAAAGAACAAUUGGAGCAACAAGAAAAAUGUGGAGUUAAUAUAUGUAGUGAACAAAAAAUUCAACAGUUGAUAGAACGAAAUAGUCAAUAUA